GUUUGGGAUGACUAUGUGGAGCAUUUGGCGGAAAAGGAAUGUUUUAUAUUGGGAUGGUAUACAAGAAACGAUUACUCAGGUGAUAUCUCGAGGGGCUGAAGUGCUACAUUCAUGGGAAGCUGGCCAAGGUUCGAAAGGAAAUAAACGAGUGGGAUUUGGCUGCUGCGUUAGGGAUCAUAUGGGGAGAUUUUCCAGGGCCCGAACUUCAUGGAUGCGAGCGGAAAUGAGUCCAGCUGAGGCAGAAGCUUGGAGCUUGAGGGAAGCUCUUAAAUGGAUGCAGGAGACUGAGUAUACAAGAGUUAUUUUCGAGUCUGAUUGCAAGCAGUUGGUGGAUGAUAUUUACAACGCACACAAGGAUCGAUCUGAAUAUGGAUCUCUAGUACAUGAUUGUAGGAAUAUUGUUGGGUCUAAUAACGAUUUCUGUGUCGUUUUUGCUAGGCGACAAGCUAAUAGUAGUGCUCAUGCUCUUGCUAGAGCAUCUACUAGUUAUGCUUCUUGCACAAUUUUUUUAUCUGUUCCUUAUUGUAUUGAGAACAUUGUGAUUGAUGAAAUGAAUUAAGCCUUUUGCGUCAAAAAAAAAAAAAAAGAUCUCAUAUCCAAUUUAGUGAUUUUCACUUGUGUGGUAUAUAUAAGGAGUGGUGAAAAAGAUGAUGAAUAGUACUUGUGUGUAUGAAUAUUAUGAGUUAGGAAUUAGGUUUAUAAA